CAGAGGAAAUGCUCCUAGACCAAUCACAUUUAUGUUUACACCAUCACCUGUCAAACACACAACCUCUGGUAUAUUUUCUUUCUGUAAGGAGCUGAGACAGAGAUUCACACUGAAGCGCCUACGGUAGCCACCAACUGGACGGACUCUCUGGCAACGACCUUUUGCAGUGGAAUAGCGGAUUAAGUCUUGAACCAUGAGCUCAGUGGCAGUGUUGACCCCGGAGAGCUUUGCGGAGCAUCGCAGUGGCCUCAAGGACCAGGAAAUUACAGGCUGUGUACCGGAGGAUGAGGCCUACAUCCCCACCUACCUGGAGGCCUUCCCUCCCCUGCCGGAGAAGGGGGCUCCAGGGGAGAAGGCGGGGGAGCCGGCUUCAGCAUGGGGCAGCAAGAUCAGGCCCAUCAAAGCCUCUGUGAUCACGCAGGUUUUCCAUGUGCCGCUGGAGGAGCGCCGCUACAAGGACAACAGCCAGUUUGGGGAGGGCGAGGAGGCCAAGGUUUGCCUGGACAUCAUGCAGCGGACGGGAGCCCACAUUGAGCUGUCUCUGGCCAAGGACCAGGGUUUGUCCAUCAUGGUCACCGGUAAACUGGACUCAGUCAUGAAGGCUCGCAAGGAGAUCGUGGCUCGCUUGCAGACUCAGGCCUCAGCUACGGUAGCCAUCCCCAAGGAACACCAUCGUUUUGUCAUCGGUAAGAAUGGCGAGAAGCUGCAGGAGCUGGAGCUGAAGACGGCCACUAAGAUCGCCAUCCCGCGCCCUGACGACCCCAGCGCCAACAUCCGCAUCACAGGCACCAAAGAGGGCAUUGAGAAGGCUCGCCACGAGAUCCUGCUCAUCUCCGCCGAACAGGACAAGCGUGCGGUGGAGCGUCUGUCGCUGGAGAAGGCCUUCCAUCCCUUCAUCGCCGGAGCCCACAACCGGCUGGUGCAGGAGCUGAGUCAGGAGACGGGCGCUCGCAUCAGCAUCCCGCCGCCCAGCCUGCCCAAGGACGAGAUCGUCAUCACCGGGGAGAAGGAGGCCGUGGCCCUGGCGCUCAGCCGCAUCCGAGCCAUCUACGACGACAAGAAGAGGAAGACCACCACCAUCUCCGUGGAGGUGAAGAAGUCCCAGCAUAAGUACAUCGUGGGCCCAAAGGGCAACACUCUGCAGGAGAUCCUGGAGGCCACGGGGGUGUCGGUGGAGAUGCCGCCUCUGGACUCCAGCUCCGAGACCAUCAUCCUGCGAGGGGAGCCCGACAAGCUGGGACCCGCGCUGACGCAGGUCUACGCCAAGGCGAAGAGUGUGAUGGUGGUGGAAGUGACGGCUCCGGCCUGGCUGCACCGCUUCAUCAUCGGCAAGAAGGGACAGAACAUCGGACGAAUCACACAGCAGCUGCCGCGGGUUCACAUAGAGUUUACGGACGGUGAGGAGCGCAUCAGUCUGGAAGGGCCAACAGAAGAGGUGGAGCAGGCUCAGGCCCAGAUACAGGACAUCAUCAAAGACCUGCUGGUGAGAAUGGACUACACUGAAGUCAUCAUAGACCAGCGUUUCCACAGACACCUCAUAGGAAAGAACGGAGCCAACAUCAAUCGGAUCAAGGAGCAGUACAAGGUGUCGGUGCGAAUCCCCCAGGACUCCGAGCGCAGCGGUCUGGUCCGGAUCGAGGGGGAUCCCAAGGGAGUCCAGCUGGCGCGCAGAGAGCUCAUAGAGAUGGUCCAGAGAAUGGAGAAUGAGCGCACCAAAGACCUGAUAGUGGAGCAGAAGUACCACCGGACAAUCAUUGGCCAGAAGGGAGAAAAAAUCAAGGAGGUUCGAGAUAAGUUCCCUGAGGUCAUCAUCAAUUUCCCCGACCCGGCUCAGAAAAGUGAUAUAGUUCAGCUGAGAGGGCCAAAGAAUGAGGUGGAGAAAUGUGCCAAGUUCCUCCAGAAAAUCAUUGCUGACCUGAUAGAGAAUAGCUUUUCGCUGUCCGUUCCCAUCUUCAAGCAGUUUCACAAAAACAUCAUCGGAAAGGGUGGCGCCAACAUCAAAAAGAUCCGUGAAGAAACCAACACUAAGAUAGACCUGCCGACAGAGAACAGUAACUCAGAGAUGAUUGUCAUCACAGGGAAGAAAUGCAACUGUGAGGCGGCCAGAGAUCGAAUCCUGGCCAUCCAGAGGGAACUGGCCAACAUCAAGGAGGCAGAGGUCACCAUCCCUGCCAAGCUGCACAACUCCCUCAUCGGCUCCAAGGGCUGCCUGGUGCGCUCCAUCAUGGAGGAGUGUGGCGGCGUUCACAUCCACUUUCCCUCCGAGGGCUCCGGCUCGGACAAGGUUACCAUCAGAGGGCCCGCCGGCGAGGUGGAGAGGGCCAAGAGGCAGCUGCUUCAGCUGGCCGAGGAGAAGCAAGUCAACAACUUCACAGCCGAGCUGCAGGCCAAGCCAGAGUACCACAAGUUCCUGAUCGGCCGCGGCGGGGCAAACAUCCGGCGCGUGCGGGACAGGACGGGGGCCCGCAUCAUCUUCCCGUCGCCGGAUGACACGGAGCAGGAGCUGAUCACCAUUGUAGGGAGAGAGGAGGCUGUUCGUCUGGCCCAGAAAGAGCUGGAGACCCUGGUCAAAAACCUGGACGACGUGGUUGAGGACAGCAUGGUAGUUGAGGUUCGCCACCACCGCCACUUUGUGUGUCGGCGAGGCCAGGUGCUGCGGGAGCUGGCCGAGGAGUACGGCGGCGUGGCCGUCAGCUUCCCGCGGACGGGAGCCCACAGCCAGCGCGUCACCCUGAAGGGAGCCAAGGACUGCGUGGAGGCAGCCAAGAGACGCAUCCAGGAGAUCAUCGAGGAUCUGGAGUCCCAGGUGAGUAUAGAGGUGGCCAUCCUGCAGCGAUACCACCGGGCCGUCAUGGGGCCUAAAGGCUGCCGCAUCCAGCACAUCACCAGAGAGCACGAGGUCCAGAUCAAGUUCCCCGAGAGAGACGACAGCGCUGCAGGUCAGGAAGCUCCGCCCCAGGAGAACGGUGAGGUCAGUCCAGACGCGGAGUCUGCCCCCCGCAAGUGCGACGUCAUCACCAUCUCCGGCCGAGCAGAGAAGUGCGAGCUGGCCAAGACCGCCCUACUUGCGCUGGUGCCCAUUACGGUGGACGUCGAGGUGUCCUACGAGCUGCACCGCUACAUCAUCGGCCAGAAGGGCAGCGGGAUCAGGAAGAUGAUGGAGGAGUAUGAGGUGAACAUCUGGGUGCCUCAGCCGGAGCAGCAGUCCGAUGUGAUCAAGGUGACGGGUCAGAUAGCGAACGUGGAGCGAGCCAAACUGGGCCUGUUGGAGCGGGUCAAGGAGCUGCAAGCCGAGCAGGAGGACAGGGCUCUGCGCAGCUUCAAGGCCACCAUGUCCGUCGACCCCAGGUUCCACCCCAAGAUCAUCGGGCGCAAGGGAGCCGUCAUCUCUCAGAUCAGAAAAGACCACGACGUCAGCAUCCAGUUCCCCGACAAAGGAGACGAGCAGCAGGAUGUGAUCGUGAUCUCGGGGUACGAGCGCAACGUGGAGGAGGCGCGUCAGGCCAUCCAGCAGCUGGUGGCCGAGCUGCAGGAGAUGGUGAGCCAAGACGUUCACCUGGACCCGCGGACGCACGCCCGCAUCAUCGGCGCCCGGGGCAAAGCCAUCCGCAAGCUGAUGGAGGAGUUUAAGGUGGACAUCCGGUUUCCGCAGCCCGGCUCCGAUGAGCCAGACAAAGUGACGGUGACGGGUUUGCCAGAAACCGUCGACAACGCCAUCGACCACCUGCUCAACCUGGAGGAGGAAUAUAUGCUUAGCGUGACAGAGACAGAGACCAUGGCGGCCUACAUGAAGCCGCCGUCUCGCUACGGAGGCGGAGGCGGGGGAGGAGGAGGCGAGGACAGCAGCGCGGGUCCAGCCAAGGGCUUUGUGGUGCGGGACGCCCCCUGGAACGCACCGGGGAACAAGGCCCCGGACAUGAGCAGCGCUGAGGAUUUCCCCACGUUCGGAGCGGGUGUGGCCCCGAAGCAAACCUCCGCCUGGGGUCCCAAGAAGUUCUGAAGCAGCUCAUCUUCAGAGGGAAAAGAAAAACCCUGUCAAGCUGAACGAGAGACAAAACGAAUCUCCAAUCAAACUGCUGCUCGCCUUCCCUCCUCCUUUUCUCUCUCUUCAGUGAGUUCCCUCCUCCUACCCCCCUUUCCAAACCAGCCACAAUGAAUUCUGGGAGAGCUAGCUGCUCCUUUUUCCUCCCCUUUUUCGUCUCUCUCCUCAGUACCUCCGAAAACAAAAAAAAAAAAAAAGAUUGUUCCUUCAAAUGUUGAGUGCGCUCUUCAUAGUCUUUUGCCGUCCCACUCUGCCUCUCAGUCAGUCUCACCACCUCUGCUGGUCUUGCUGAAACAUUUCGCAAAGAAAAACUGUCAUCCCUUCCUCCCUUCUCUCCCUACUGCCAAAACCUCCCACAAAAAAUUUAAAAAACAAACAAACGCACUUCCUCACUCGCAGUAAAAGUUUCACGGAGGAAGUGGAAUCAGAGAGCACCAGCUAAAUAUCCUCAGACAUCUGAAGGGAGGGGCUUUAAGGGAGGGAGGGGCGGCGCUGUAAGACUAUCCACGUUUAGAAUUUACCAUAGCAGACGUCUUGGAUUUUUAAGCUAAAAAAAAAACAAACGAAAACAACAACAACAGAAAAAAAAAAACGAAAACAGGGGCGUGUCUGUGUUUUACUGUGCAAGAAGAGUUUCUUAACAUCUUUUAAGGUUCUUUUCCUGUGGUUUUUACAAGGAGGUUUCUCGUUGGCUCACCUUUCCGAACACUUAAAAAAUGUGUGAUGCAGCAGGUGAGGCAAUGGCCGUGUGUAUAUAUAUAUAUGUGUGUGUGUGUGUGUGUGUGAGAGAGAGAGUGUGUGAGUGUGUGAGUGUGUGGUAGUGGGUUCAGGAGAGGUCUUUCACCCACAAAGUGUUUGUAGUUCCUCGUAUAUUUAUUAUCGAGCUGGGAGCAAAAUAGCUACUGUAGUUGGUUUUCUCUAGGUUUUCUUAUUCAAGUCAAAAAGAUGUGAAAGUCCUGCACUGAUUGUUUGUAAUGAAGGCUGUUUUGUCACUACUAUUUAUUUAUUCAUUAACAAGCCAUUUUAUUUGGACUACUGUGAUCUUGUGUUUUUAUAAAGCACUCACUGUAGCUUGAUGCUUACAACCUUACUUUGGGAGUGCGUACUGUACGUCAGGGUCGGGGGAACGUGUUGACGAUUAUGUCUAAGUGUACAAAGAACUUUUCGCUAUUUUUUUAACUGUGUUUUUUUUUUUCUCUGGCAUAUUUGGAAGACUGUAUGUGUGUGUGUGUGUGUGCGCGUGCAAGUAAGAUGUAUAUUUGAAUGAAGCUCAACCAAACUUUUACAUGGUCUUGUCCGUCCGUUUGUAUCUUCUCAAAGCUGUUGUCCUUUUGAGGGUUUCUCCCUUUCACUUCAUAAACGUCCCUAAUUUCUGUCUGCAAACACACUACGUACGCUCCUCCAAAUUUACAAUCCUCCCCUCCACCCCAAAACAAAACAAAAAAAAAUCAUUAUCAAUAGCUGCACUUUGGUUUUUGAGGUUAAGAAAUGUCUACUUCAAGACCCUUGUUGAUGGCCAUGAGAUUCCACUUGUCUUAGUGCACAAGCGCUUCACAUGUAUUUAGUCUUAUUUUGUAGCACUUUUUUUUUUUUUUUAAAAAACUGCCCCCGUUCCUUUUUCCAGUUCUGAGAGUCAGCUGUCAAAAUGACACAUGCCCUGUUGCUGAUCAAUACUGCUGGCCCAAAUUCAGUCUGCUUAAAGUAAAACUGAGCUGAGGCAGGGUGAUGGGUUGUCUGGUUCCCUGGGUGUGAUGUGAGUCCACACGGCGGUGAAAUAUCCUCAUCAGCUGCUCCGUGCUCCCCUGCUCUUAAUCCAGAUUACUGCGUUUGUGUCUCUGUUCACGUCCUCAGAGCGGCAAAAGAGGUGCCAAAGCUAAAAUGACAUUUUUUUAAAAUCCCCUGUCAGGAUCAGCAACACGCGGCGGCAGAGUGUGUGUGUCAGUAAUCUCACCUCCGUCAAUGCGCUUACAGUUUCUAGACCCGGCGCCCCCUCUCUGAACUCCGCUGCUGAUUUCAAGAAAAGAAAGGGAUUUGGACGAAUGCAUGUCGACAUUCGUGGCAUUAUAAAAAAAGAUGGGUUACAUAAACAUUUUGUUGUGUUUUUCCACAACAAUCCUGACAUCGUAGUCAUUAAGAAAUUUGGUUAAGAAAAUCAGAGAAGAUGAUACUAAUUUAACCACAAUAUAUUAAGUUGUGAUAGGCGGAGGUGUAGGCAAGCUAUGUCCGAAAUAACAUCAAAGCAUCCACGUUAGUAAUUUACCCCAAAAUGAUAUAAACUGUUGAAACUGAAUUAAUAAUAUAGAAUUAAAUCAGAAUUCUCUUUUUACUGUUGCUGUCACCUGCCAUCUGCCACAUGAGAGGCAUUUUUUUUUAUUUUUGAGAAUUUAAACCCUGUCAUGAGCUCACGGAGACGCCCAGGAAACCGUGCAACCCCACUCUAGCAAAAGUUCAAUUUUUUUUU